AAUUAUCACAGUAGCAGUAAAAGAAAAUCAAAAUCAACCUUGGUAAAAAAAAUGGAAGGCCUACUCAUGUUUGACCAAACCAACUUUGUUGGAACACUCUCAAUUCCAUUUCCCGAUUUGAAACUCUCGUUAGCGAUCGUUCUCGUCGCGAUUUUCAUUUACAUUACUUUCAAUUCGAAACGCGUUUUUCUCGUUGAUUUUGUAUGUCACAAAGCGCACGAUUCUUAUCGAGUUCCGAUCUCAACUUUCAUAGAACAUGAAGAGAUUUUAGGCAAAUUCAGUAGUCAAACACUUGAGUUCCAAACCAAAGUUCUUGAACGAUCAGGUAUUGGAAAUGAAACUUAUUUCCCUAAUGGUCUUCAUUUAUUUCCAAUUGAUCAGUCAUUAAAUUCCACUAUAGAAGAAGUAGAAAUGGUUUUAUUCACUAUUGUACAAACCCUAUUCACCAAACACGGAAUCAACCCGAAAAAUAUUGACAUUUUAAUCACAAAUUGUAGUGUUACAUGUCCAACACCUUCUUUAGCAUCAAUGAUCAUCAACAAAUUUGGAUUCAGAAGCAAUGUGAAGAAUUUUAAUCUCUCCGGAAUGGGAUGUAGCUCGGGUUUAUUGUCGAUUUCAUUAGCUAAGGAGCUUCUAAAAGUUCAUAAAAACUCAUUAGUUUUAGUCCUAAGCACUGAAUCAAUGUGUUCAAAUAUGUACCAUGGAAAAGAAAAGUCAAUGUUGCUAGCAAAUUGCUUGUUCCGAAUGGGGGGCGCCGCGAUUUUGUUGUCGAAUCGGAGUUCGGACCGACAUAUUGCGAAAUACGAGCUGAAACAUUUGAUUAGAACUCAUCUGGGUGCUAAAGAUAGUUCUUAUAAAUGUGUUGUUCAGCAGCCAGAUGAUGAGGGUUUCAUAGGAGUUUCAUUAUCAAGACAAAUUCUUCAAGUAGCUGGUGAAGGGUUAAAAGUCAACAUGGCUGCCUUAGCUUUACUGGUUUUACCAUAUUCCGAGCUAAUUAAAUACGGCCUUUCAAUCUCUUGGAAGAAACUAUGGGUACCAGCUAAAAAAAGAGGACCUCAUAUACCAAAUUUCAAGAAAGCCUUUGAUCAUUUCUGUGUUCAUGCAGGGGGCAAAACUGUAGUUGAUGCAAUAAAAGAGAGUCUAAAGUUGAAAGAUAGAGAUAUUGAGGGAUCAAAAAUGACUCUUUUCAGAUUUGGUAAUACUUCAUCUUCAUCAACUUGGUAUACAUUGGCUUACCUUGAGGCACAAGGUAAGGUUAAAAGAGGUGAAAAAGUUUGGCAAUUGGCUUUGGGGAGUGGAUUUAAAUGUAAUAGUGCUGUGUGGAAGUGUAUUAAUAUGAUGAAAGCAGAUGCAAGUAAUGUUUGGUGGGAUGGUAUUGAUCAGUAUCCGGUUCAGAUCCCUGAUGUUAUGGAUCACUGAUGUAUAUUUAAAUUUAGACUAUGUAAUAAAAAUAAUGAGUUAAUAAUAUUAUUAGUUAUACUUGUAAGAUUA